CCCAGAGCCGUGCUCCCAGCUUUACUCAGAAAUUGCUCAGCUCUGAGGCUGAAAGGACUGGGCAGAAAACUGUGAGAUUGCCUUCUCUUUCCUGGGUCCUCUCCCCACUGCCCCUUCUGUCUGGACUCUUUCUAAGACAAUCUCAACCCAGCACAACUCCCUUCGUUCCUUCGGGAGCAAGCUGAGCCUGGAACCUGUUGUGGGGGAAUCUCAGAGGUAGGCAUCUCUCCCUGAGAGCUUGACCCAUUCCCUGGGAGGGCUAACUUGCCAGCAGGACCAUCUGCCUGAUCACAGUCACCCUCUGCUUCCUGGAGCAGGUUACUCCACUGAUGAGCAACAUCAUGCAGCCCUCCCCGUCCCUUCACACCCCAUCACCUACAUCCUUUACCUCUGCUGGGCCACACCAUGAAGAUUGGAGCAUCUUAUCUAUGUCGGAUGUCAGGAACACAGAAAAAGCUUCCGAAGAAUGGAAGUUGCCAGAAAUAGUCUCUGCGGUCAAGGAGACCAUGAAGACAGCAUCCAGUGCCUCAGUGAGAAUUGCAGUGACUGGGGACUCUGGCAAUGGCAUGUCCUCCUUCAUCAAUGCACUGCGGGGAAUUGGGCAGGAGGAGGAGGACUCAGCUCCCACAGGUGUGGUGAGAACCACCCAGAAACCCACUCUCUACCAUUUCUCUGACAUGCCCAGUGUGGAGCUAUGGGACCUACCUGGCACAGGAGCUGCCACCCAAAGCCUGGAGACCUAUCUGGAGGAAAUCCAGUUUAGCAAGUAUGAUCUCUUCAUCAUCAUUGCAUCUGAACAGUUCAGCAUGAAUCUCGUGAAGCUUGCCAAAAUCAUCCAGGGACAGGGAAAGAGGUUCUACGUUGUCUGGACCAAGCUGGACAGAGACCUCAAUACACGUGUAGUCUCAAAGGAACAACUCCUGCAGGAUAUCCAGGAGAAUAUCCGGGUAGCUCUCCAGAAUGAGGGAAUGUAUGAACCCAUCAUAUUUCUGGUCUCCAACUUUGAUCCCUCCUUGCAUGGCUUCCCAGAGCUUAGGAAGAGGUUGUGCAAAGAAGUGUCUGACAUCAGGUAUCAUAAGCCCCGACAGAACCUGUCUGACACCUAUGGGAAGAUGAUUAAUGACAAAGCAAUCACUUUUUGGAGGCAAACACGCUCAGAGUCUUUCCAGGAGAGCCUCGGCAUCCAGAAUGCAGAUUACCUUGAGAAGUUUUUGAAUGUCUGCCACUCAUUCUUUGGUUUGGAUGAUGAGUCUCUCCAGGAGGUGGCCCAGAGUAUGGGAAAACCUAUGGAGGAGUAUAAGGCCAUUAUGAAGUCUCAGGAUCUACACACUGUCCUCAGCAGGGACUGGAUAUUAUCAUGGACAAAUUGUAAUACAGACACUUGCUUAUAUUCGGUUCUGAACAGAAUCCCAUUUGUAGGUAACACCGGUUUCUACUACCUUAGAGGGUGGAAUCAGUGGCGCCUCCUUGACAAUGUCGCCAAGGACACCAACACCAUCUUGAAGAAAGUUUUGAGAGAUACUGCCAUCUGAAGGGUAAGGUCUCAGCAGGCUCCUUCUUGGGGAAAGUCAGGAUAUCUGGGGUCCUCUCCUCACACUGUAUCCUUUAGAAUUCUCAAUCAGUUCAGUAUUUCCACUUUUGUUAGUUCUAAGUUCCUUGAGGUAGAUGAGCUGACUAGAACAUUUUGAACCCACAUCUCAGCAAAUCUCCAAAUAUGUCCUACUUCUCAUUUAUUAAAUGAGCUGGGAUCCAAAGAUGUAAGAAAAGAUUGCACAGUGUGACAUACAGUCUCAUUCUGACAUCCCUUUAUCACUUAACAUUGGCAUCAUUUUUCCAAGGCCUCUUGAUUUUCUCCUGUUCCUUCAGUUCUCACUUCUCAGUACAUGGACUCAAAGAGACACAUCUGGAGUCAGAGAAUAGAACAUCCUUUGGGAUGUUCCCUUUGGAGAAGUAUAAUUGGAGAAUGUGUGUUUAGUUGUUCUCCGAAAAGUAUUGUGUAGUGGUACCAGGAUCCAAGGCCAGUCUUGUGUCCUGUAAAGCUCUGUCCUUAUAUCUAUCCUCAGCAAUUGCCCAAAUCAUUUAUAUCCAAAAAAGGAUACAGGGGGUGGACUCAAAGGCCAUUUUACUGGGAUU